GAAAACUUUAUUAAUUACUUUGAAUUAUAAAGUACUUUUUAUUAAAAAAUUACUCGAUCUCAACGCUAUGGAAAGUAGGGAAAAAGAACACCUCCUGGCUUUAAAAGUCAUGCGUCUUACAAGACCAUCUUUAUAUGCUACUCAUCCUGUUGCAAGUGAUUCAAGAAACUUUCCGUGCAAUUUGCUGAAUUCUGCGCUAAAAUCUGAUAUUGGCUCACCAAGAAAAUUGGAAUAUUUUGGAUCAGGAAAUUUAUUAAUGCUUCCUCAAAGUUUUGGAAAUAUAUAUUUGGGUGAAACCUUUUCAUGCUACAUGAGUGUACAUAAUGAUAGUCAGCAAAUUGUAUCUAAUGUAAAUGUUCAAGCAGACUUACAAAUAGGUAUGCAAAAAAUUGUGUUAGCUGGACAUCGAGGAAAUUAUAGCACUGUAGCUCAACUAAAACCAGAUGAAAGUGUAGAUGAUGUUAUUCACCAUGAAGUUAAAGAAAUAGGCACUCAUAUACUGGCAUGUACUGUGAGCUACACUAAUAUAAAUAAUGAAAAAAUGCACUUUAGAAAAUUCUUUAAAUUUCAGGUUGGCAAACCACUUGAUGUCAAAACAAAAUUUUAUAAUACUGCGACUGAUGAAGUUUUCCUUGAAGCACCAUUGCAAAAUAUUACUUAUGCUCCAAUGUGCUUGGAAAAAGUAGCUCUAGAGCCAUCUUCUGAUUUCACAGCACAGCAAGUGAACUCUUUAGGAGAUUUAGAAGAUACAAAUCAAAAAUGCUCUGUGUUUGGGGAAGUCAAUUGCUUAAAUCCAUUGGACAGUCGACAAUAUCUCUUUUGUUUAACUCCAAAGCAUGAAAGUCAAGUAAAUUUAAAAUUUAAAGGUGUUACAAGUAUUGGAAAGUUGGAUAUAGUCUGGCGCACCAGUAUGGGUGAAAAGGGUCGAUUGCAAACUUCUCAGUUAGAAAGAAUGGCGCCUGGGUAUGGAGAAAUUCGACUGAUAAUCAAGGAAAUACCGAGCAUUGUAAAUAUUGAGAAGCCUUUUCCUGUUACUAUCAGAAUAUCUAAUACAUGUGACAGAACACUAGAUUUGGUUUUCUCUUUGCACAACAAAUUUUCAAAUGGUGUAUUAUGGCAGGGUGUGUCUGGACAAAAACUCAAUAAGCUUGAAAAGGGUACAUCUGUGGAAUUACAUUUAGAAGCUGUUGCAGUUAGGUCCGGAAUUCAGUUAAUUUCUGGAAUCAAAGUCAAGGAAUUAUUUCUGAAAAGAAUAUAUGAUUUUGAUGAAAUUGCACCAGUAUUUGUUUCUGCAGUACCCACUCCAAUAGAAGUAAAAUAAUAGGAAUUCACAACCUGUGCAUGGCAAGAAGAUACUGAAAGAAUUUCCAAAAAGUUCCUUCAGUGUACAUUAUGAUAUGCAUUCCGAUAUGUCCCUAUGGGUUUUAUAAAUUUUUUUAGGCAUACUUGGUGUACUUUUCAACUUCUUACGCAUAUAACAUGUAACAGAGAAAUGUUUAAAAACUGAGUUAUUUUAAUGCAUGGUAAUAAAAAAUUCCAAGCAGAAUAAGCAGAAAAUAGGGAGCAGAAAAUCAGGAAUGUAGAAUUGAAGUCUCAAACACACAUACACACAAGACCAUAAUACAUUAUUAAAGUAUUGAUUAAAACUGCUCUUUUGACUCUAAAA